GCCGCUGGAGGAAGGGCACAGGUGGCGCUGGAGAAGAAGAUAACUGCGUACUUCGAGGCCAUGAAUACUGCGGAAGCUGCUGCGAAGGACGCCAGUGAUGCCGCGGGUUACGCCACGGAUGCGUUCGAAAAGGCCAAGGGGGCGAGUCGAUCGAUGAAAGAACUGCUGGCGAAAAUCAGCGGGUCCCUUAACACCAUUGACGACUCACAGAGGAAAUCUCUAGAGUCGGAAGAAAGUAUCAACAACGCUGUGUCACGCAUGAAAACGAAAGACUACAGUGGUGCCGUGCCGCUAUGUGAGUCCGCGGCUGAGAGUGCAGAGGCGGCAAAGGCGCUCGCGCAGAGAAUCGGUGCGGAAGCUGCGGAGACGAUUCGCUUUGCUCGUGAUGCACUCCAGAGGGUCAACGAGUCUGCUACGCUUGCUGACGAAGCAACGAAGAAGGCCGCGGAUGCCCAGGCCAAGGCGGCGGAAGCAGCUCAGAAAGUCAAUGCGGUGGAGACGAACUCUGACACAGAACAGAAAGCGAUGUUGGCCGUGGCCGCUGCGGUGGACAGCGCACAGCAGGCAGUGGAGAGGGUGUCGUCCAUCAAGGAGCGAUUCGAUGCGCUGGAGCAGAAUGCCCAACUGGCGGUGGGCCACUCGGGGGUUGUGAUGCAGUGCGCGACGGAUGCGUCCCGAGAUAUCCUGGCCGCAAAGGAAUACGCACAGAAGGUGGUGUCUAACGCCCAAAUGGUUAAGGUGGACGGUCCAAAGGCGUUAGCUUAUGCUCAAAAAGCGGCGGGCUUAGCGAGGAAAGCUACGGACGCGCUGGGAGACGUGCAUAACAGCAUUUACCCUGAACUUGAGCGCUCUCAGAAAUUGGUGAGUGACGUCAGCACCGUUGCGGCCCUCCUGGAUACUUUUCGAGCAUCUGCGACGCGGGC